AACGAGAAGCGCUAAGGGGAAAAAUGACAUUCGUGACGACAUCGGCUAUGAUCUGAAUCUGACAGAGGUGCGGCAGAAACCCGAAGCAAUUUCCAAGGAUCAAGCAACACAUAUGCUUGGAUUCGCUGAGGUGUGAAUUAAGCCUGGAACUGCUACCUUGUUAAAAAACGAUAGAAGGGCAGUGAAGAUCAGCCCUAAUGGAAGAGAUAGAGACAGAUUUGACCUGCUCUGAGCAGGAUGCUUUAGGGGCGGAAUUCAUCACUGUGGAACUUGACACCCAGCCCAUUGAAUAUGUGGUCAAGUGGGCCGAGGUGGGCUCUAAGUUCACUAUAUCCUGUGUGAAAAAGGAAUUGGAUGAGGGUGCUUGCUUCAUUUCUGAUCAGGUGGUAAAAGUGGAUCCAGAUGAGACGUUUUUUGUCCCGUAUGAAUCUGUGUACCCAGAAUGUGACGAGGUGGUUCCAGAUUUGAUUGCAACGCAUGAGGAGCAGGUGGGGAGUGAGACAGACUUGGAUGACACCACCGAGCCGGGGAGUAGCCAGCUGUGCAAAGAUUAUUCUGAUAUUUCCUGGGAGAAGGAGGUGUAUCGGUCCAGAACCUAUAGCUGCCACUUUUGUGGCAAGACCUACAGCCAAUCCUCCAGUCUUGCCCGCCAUCUGCAUGUACACACAGAAAAAUCAUCAAAUUGUUCUGCGAAAGAAUUCAAGUCCGGCGACAACAAAAAGUCUCUCCAAUGCAAUCUGUGUGGAGUGAGGUGCAACGGCAAGCGGCUUUUGGCGAUUCACAAAAAAUGCCACAAAACCAAGAGACUGCACACAUGCAACACAUGCGGCAAAACCUUCAAUCACAGCUCUAGUCUGUCGCGGCAUAGGUUGAUCCAUAAAAAAGGCCUGGAUAAAAAUGUUAGGCCAUUGUACCCAGCUCCAAUCUUGGCUCCCAUCAUGACCCAGCGUGGUUUCCCAUCCAGCUGGGCAACAAAUGAAAGUGUGACGCUCUCAGUUGAGAGAGAAAAGCAGUACCAGUGCCCACAGUGCGACAGGGUCUUCAGCAACUCCACCAGCCUGUCCAAACACCAGGUGGCACACGUGCGACAGCUGCUCAACUCGUACACGCAGGGCAAAGAUGUUCUCGACAAGUCUUCGGACCUAAAGAUCCGCUUGAAGCUGUGCUCCCGUGACAAGCCCAACUUCUACACCCUCUGCAAGAAGAGUAAGGGCAAGAAAGGGGGUAAGAAGAGGUGCUUGCCCAACGAGGAGCGGCCGUACCCUUGCUGCAUGUGCGAAAAACGCUUCAGCCACUCCAACAGCCUAGCUCGGCACGAGUACACGCACGCCAGCGAGAAGCACUACGCCUGUAACGUCUGCAAGAAGACCUUUAUUCGGCUGUCCAACCUGAAGCAGCACCAGCAAACGCAUGCUUCGGGGAAACUCUACGAAUGCCCACAGUGCGGCAAAACUUUUGUUCACUCCUCCAGUUUCUCACGCCAUAAGAAGGUUCAUGCUGGGAUGAAGCUGUCCCCGAAAGAGUUCGAAGAGGAACUGGUCAUUGACGAGACGACACCCUUGGAUUUUGAGUUUGACUGAGUGAGACCUGUGAUUCUUGACCUGUCAUGGUUGACACCGAUGUUCUGAAACUGUCCAGGGCCAGUGGAUGGGGAAGAUGUUGGAAGAUGUUGUGUUUUUUUCUUUACCCCUUAUUCUUAUUUUGCUAAAGACUUUGAAUUAUAAAUUUGGGUGUGGUGUCCCUGGCUGUGUGUUCUUCAAUCUAAUAUUUUUGGUAUUGUCCCUUUUUGGGUAGAGGGUUCCUUUUGUUUUGUUUCCAUUCAAUUCACAGGCAGGGUAAUCUUUUGCCAGACAAAUUGUGUAAUUUAUGUCUCAUAACUUUUAGCCAUCCAUGAGAAAAAUGGACAGAAAAUAGAGAAAAGAGAUGGCCUCGGCAAUGCAGGUGUUAUUUAUUUUUCGUGCUUGCACUAACACAAAAUAAAGUACUUAUUUGGGAGGGAUAGUCUAGGACAAAGCUUAGACUGAAUUAGUUGGAAAUCAGAGUUUUGUAAGCAACAAGUACAUGUUAUAUGCAAAUUAUUUGAUGCAUUUUGCUUUAAGUAUGUGGUUUGAAUCCUUUAUUUUACUCAUAAAGAUAAUUUUUCAUGACUACAUUUCCUGGACCGACAAAUGCAGGGCUUUUCUCACCUAAAGUCUCUGUUCACACAUGAACAGAUUUACCAGGUUUUUAUGAUAUAUAUAUAUAUAGAUAUAUAUAUAUAUAU